AUGGAAUCCAAAGGUGGUUUCGGCAAUGGCCUUCGCAGUUUCUUCCUCGGAGCGGCGGCAAAAUCUAGUGAGGAGAGAAGACUCGUGAGGAAAUUAGAUUUCUUCAUUAUGACAUACUGUUGCUUCAGUUACUUCUUUAACUUUCUUGACCGCGCUGCUUUCGCUAAUGCAUACGUCGCUGGACUCCGUGAAUCCCUCAACAUGACCGGCUAUGACUACAAUAAGGUCCUUUCCCUCACUACAGCUGGUAUGGCUAUAGGUCAACUCCCUCACGGUGUCAUCAUUCAAAAGAUUGCGCCGCGUAUCUGGUUUCCCUCAAUGGUUGUCGUUUGGGCUGGCUUGACAAUGGCAAGCGCCGCAGCUAAAACAGUCACUCAACUCUGCGUAAUCAGAUUCUUUCUUGGUUUGGCUGAAGCCAGUACAUAUGCUGGUACCAUUUACAUCAUUGGCGCCUGGUACAAGCCUGAGGAGAUUUCCAAGAGGACUGCUCUCUUCACUGCAUCGGGUCAAGUCGGCACUAUGUUUGCUGGUGUUAUGAUGACCGCUAUUCACAAAGGAAUGAGGGGUAUGUCUGGUCUGCAUGGAUGGCAGUGGGUGUUUUUGAUCGAUGGCAUCAUCACCUUGCCCAUUGCUGUUUUUGGCUUCCUCUACUUCCCUGACAUCCCAGAGAACACCAAGGCCCCAUACCUCUCCCAAGAUGAGAGAAAGAUGGCAGUAUCCAGACUUCCUCCUAUUCAAAAGGACGGCCACAACAUCAUGCCGCUGUCUCUGAUCAAGCGUGUAUUUUUUACUCCCAUGUUCUGGGUCCUCUUCUUCUGGUCACCCGUUUGUGCCAGCACUGAAGGCUUCCCCUUCCAGAACAGCUUUCUUCUGUGGCUCAAGUACUACAACGAGAAAUUCACGCAGGCACAGAUCAACACGUAUCCUCUUGGAGUACAAGCUGUCGGUAUUGUUGCUAAUAUGCUUGCCGCUUGGCACAUGGACGCAACGGGCCAACGCAUCCCCAUGGCUAUCCUUGCGGUCCUUCUACAAAUUAUCGUGGGAUCGAUGCUCCUCGUCAAGAACUUGUCUAUGGAGGGUACUAUGUUUGCCUUCUAUCUUGCUGGAUCGGCCUACAUGGUUAACCCACUGAUCUUUGGCUGGGCAAAUAUAAUUUUGCAGCGAACUGGCGAUGAUGCCAUGCGCAGCGUGACCCUCUACUCAAUGAACAUUGGCUCAAUGGUCAUGUGGACCUUCUGGGGCAUCAUCUUCUACAGUGCUGCUGAUGCACCUUACUGGAAGAAGGGCUCCAUCGCCCUUCUGGGCGGUUGUACUGUGAUGUUCUGUUAUAUUUGGCUUGUUAACUAUCUUGACAAGAUGACGAUGAAGAAGUACGGAGACCGAUCAGUACAGAAUCUUGAAGAGUCUCUUGAGGUAGACAAGGUUGGCAAGGACGGUAACACUACCGUUGUGUCGGAGAAAAAUGUCAGCACAUAA